UUUGCUGUAAGCCGGAUUCCCAUGCCGACCGCCAUAAAUGCAGCCGUGGCUCGGCAAACAGCGGCGGGGUCAGUCCCCAGCACCACCAUUGGCACUACGGAGGGGGCAGGAGGGGGCACAGGGGGCAUUUAUUCUGCCAUCAUCAGUCGCAAUCAGCCCAUUAUCAGCGUAAAGGAGAAGACCUAUGAAGAGCUUCACAAGAAGUGCCUGGAGAAAAACAUUCUCUAUGAAGAUCCUGAUUUCCCACCAAAUGAGUCUUCCCUUUUCUACAGCCAGAAAAGCCCCGUCAAGUUCGAAUGGAAAAGACCACGUGAGAUCUGUGAGAAUCCACGGUUUAUUAUUGGGGGAGCCAACAGAACAGAUAUCUGCCAAGGAGAAUUAGGUAACUGCUGGUUUCUGGCUGCCAUUGCUUGCCUGACACUAAAUAAAAAACUACUCUGUAGAGUCAUACCUCAUGACCAGUCCUUUAUACAAAACUAUGCUGGCAUCUUUCACUUCCAGUUCUGGCGCUAUGGAGACUGGGUGGAUGUUGUCAUCGAUGACUGCUUACCCACUUACAACAACCAGCUGGUCUUCACCAAGUCCUCCCAGCGCAACGAGUUCUGGAGCGCCCUCCUGGAAAAGGCCUAUGCAAAACUCCAUGGGUCAUAUGAAGCUUUGAAGGGAGGCAACACCACUGAAGCCAUGGAGGACUUCACCGGAGGAGUCACAGAGUUCUACGAGAUAAAGGAUGCCCCUAAAGAUAUCUAUAAAAUCAUGAAACAUGCCAUUGACAGAGGAUCCCUCAUGGCCAGUUCCAUUGAUGAUGACCUAGGCUUUUGCUAUGGAUCAGCUCCUCGGACCGACAUUGGGGAACUGAUUGCUCGCAUGGUGAAGAAUCAAGAAAACGCACAGAUGACACAGUCCACUGUAGACUACCAGGGCAUGGAGGAGAGGCCAGCCUGGACCAUCGUGCCGAUGCAGUACGAGACGCGGAUGUCCUGCGGGCUGGUCAAAGGCCACGCCUAUUCCGUGACGGCCGUGGAAGAGACAGUAUUUAAAGGGGAGAAAAUACGUCUGGUAAGGCUGAGAAACCCCUGGGGCCAGGUGGAAUGGAAUGGAGACUGGAGUGACAAGUCAGAGGUGUGGGACUCUGUUGACGAAGAAGAGAAAAUCCGCCUGCAGCACAAGGUCGCAGAGGAUGGGGAGUUCUGGAUUUCAUUUCAAGAUUUCAUGAGGCACUUCACAAAGCUUGAGAUCUGUAACCUCACACCUGAUGCUCUGGAAGCGGAUAAAUUCCAGACUUGGACUGUGUCAGUCAAUGAAGGACGCUGGGUGAGAGGCUGCUCAGCUGGAGGUUGCCGCAAUUAUCCAGAUACAUUUUGGACCAAUCCCCAGUAUCGCUUGAAGCUCCUGGAGGAAGAUGAUGAUCCUGAGGAUGAAGAGGUUAUCUGCAGCUUCCUUGUCGCACUGAUGCAGAAAAACAGGAGGAAAGAGCGCAAGCUGGGAGCCAACCUAUACACCAUUGGCUUUGCCAUCUAUGAGGUGCCCAAAGAGAUGCAUGGUACUAAGCACCACUUGCAGAAGGAUUUUUUCCUCUACAAUGCCUCCAAAGCUAGAAGUAAGACCUACAUAAACAUGCGAGAAAUCUCUGAGCGCUUCCGGUUACCUCCCAGCGAGUAUGUCAUCAUCCCAUCCACAUAUGAACCCCACCAGGAGGGAGAAUUCAUCCUCAGGGUCUUCUCAGAGAAAAGAAGUCUGUCAGAGGAAGUUGAAAACAUGAUUGAGGCAGAGCGUCCACUGGUGAGUACUAAGAAAAAGGGCAAGCCUAUCAUCUUCGUUUCUGACAGAGCAAACAGCAAUAAGGAGCUGACAGCAGAUGAAAAUGGUGGCAAAGAUGGCGAAAAAACCCAAGCAGAUGAGAAAAAGCGCUCUUCAACAAAAGCUCAUGAGGAGAGUGAAGAACAAAAACAGUUCAGGAAUAUUUUCCGACAGAUUGCAGGGGAUGACAUGGAGAUCAAUGCUGAGGAACUUAGGAAUGUUCUCAAUAAUGUCGUAAAAAAACAUAAGGACCUAAGGUCAGAAGGGUUUGAGUUGGAAUCCUGCCGCAGCAUGAUUGCUUUAAUGGAUACAGAUGGCUCAGGGAAGAUAAACUUUGAUGAAUUUCGACAUCUCUGGGACAAGAUUAAAAGCUGGCAGAAAAUUUUCAAGCGUUAUGACACGGAUCAUUCAGGAACCAUUAACAGCUACGAGAUGCGCAAUGCAGUCAAUGAUGCAGGGUUUCGGCUGAACAACCAGCUCUACGACAUCAUCACCAUGCGCUACGCCGACAAGAACAUGAACAUCGACUUUGACAGCUUCAUCUGCUGCUUCGUGCGCCUGGACGCCAUGUUCCGGGCAUUCCACGCCUUUGACAAAGACGGAGACGGCAUCAUUAAGCUCAAUGUCCUGGAGUGGCUGCAGCUCACGCUGUACGCGUAACACCAGAGCCAGCGGCCACCUCCAUCAAGAACACACUGGACACUUCCAAGGAGCCAGCACCAUUCAUCCCAAGGACAAACAAGAGUACUUCCUAAUUAUGUCAUUCACUUGCCAAGAUGAACAGCACGUGGGAAGAAGCCCUUGGAAAGAAAGACAGCUGUACUCCAGUAGACAAAACAGUACACAUAUUUUGUAACUACUCUUAUAGCAUCUUGGUAUUUUUCCUUUGGGCAACAGGGAUUAAUUUAUUAAUGACUGAAUUAAGCUUUCUCUGCAUGGUGAAGACAUAGAGAACAAAUAAUUGUUCUGCUUGUGCUGACAGCUGAAUGGUCUUCUCUCAAGUCAGGUGAAACUAGGACUGCUUCUAACUGUGAAAGUCAGAGGUGUUUACUGCCACUUUGUAAUUGGUCAUUAACUGUUUGUCCUGCUCUUGGUAUUAUUCUUUCAUCUCUUUGUAAUGUUUACUGAGUAUUUCACAUGAGAUUGUGCUAAUUACAUUAAUAUUAUGCAACCCAAUGACUCAGUUACAGAUGGCUGUGCAGGUUGGAUCUCUGCUAUGUAGGAAUGGGAGAGCAGGGCACAACAGACUGCAAUACCAGAGUACAGCUUGAUCUAAUGCCUCAGCAGAAAUACCAGAAAGGAGCAAUUUGCUCUCAUUUUUAGUACCCGUCCUAAUUACAAA